UAAAACCCUUCCAAACGGUUACCGCAAAAACGCUGGCAAAGACCCUAAUCGGAGCAUUCAAUCUCGGUCUCUGUUGCACAGAAUCGAGUUGUUGGAUUGAAAAGAGUAAUGGGGAAGCUUGGGAAGAAAGCUCGUAAGUUUGCCAAGAAGAAUCUUCCGUCUGUGCUUAAACAAAGACGAAAAAACAAGAUUGUCUUCAAGAAGAGACCUUCAAAAAAAGAUACAAAAGAUGCUGUGGAAAAAGAAGUAGUGAAAACAGCAGAGUUGUCUAAUGGAAGGGAUUCUGAAAGGGAAGUCACUGUGACUACUUCACUUGAUGUACUAUUUGCUGAGGAUGACAAUAUCAUUGUUUCAGAUGAUUCUGAUAGUGAUGGGUAUCUUUCAGAGGACCCAAACUGUGAAAAGCUCUCCGGAAAUGACAAUGAUGUUCCUUUAGAAGAUGACAGGGAUGAACGUGCUUUAUCUCCUCACAAUCAAAAGAUCUAUGAAGAACUUGCAAAGCAGAAGAAUUCAUUGGAAAAGUUGAAGAAAAAAGAUAAGAAGUUUGUUAAGUUUUUGGAAAGCUACAAUAAGGGCGAGAUAUCUCAAAAUCAGGAGAUGUACUCUGAUGAAGAUGAGACGGGUGAAGAUUUGAUGAUGUUAGAUGAUUCUACUACAACUAAGCACAAAAUGUUGACAUGCUCAACUAUCAAUUUGUGGAGUAAACUAGUUACUGAAGAGCAUAGCGAGUCUGCUUUAAUCGGUCUUUUAAAUGCAUAUCGAGCUGCAUGUCACCUUGGACCAGAAGAAACUGGCUUUAUUGAUGCUGCCUCAUGCCCAGUAAUUCAAGACAGUGACACCUUCUGCAACAUAUAUACAUUCAUACUUUCUGAAGCUGAUAAUAUAUUUAGGGGUCUGUUGAAGAUUCCUUCCUCCACUUGCAAAAAAGAGUCCAUAUUGGAGUUGAAGAAUACCCCCAGAUGGAAAAAGGCGAAACCGAUGAUCAAGUCUUAUUUGAGGAGUACAUUGUUUCUUUUGAAGCAGGUCACUGACUCCGAAAUCUUGGCUUUCUCCAUUACCCGCUUGAGAGCUUCUAUUGUAUUUUUUGCUGCUUUUCCAUCUUUGCUAAGCAGGCUGAUCAAGAUUAUAGUUCCGUUGUGGGCAACGGGUGGAGGGACUCUGUCUGCUAGUUCUUCGCUUGUCAUACAAGAUGUGGUUUCUGUAUUUGGUUCUAAUUACUUCGACACUUGUUUUAUCAAAACAUACAAAGCCUAUAUUGCUCGAUGCAGGAGUAUGGAAACGGUUGACGCGAAACAUAUUGAAUUCCUUAGGGAUUCCUUUGUCAAUUUAUGCUCUCUUGAUGUGGAAAAAUCUUGUAAGAAGGCACUUGUGUCCAUUCAGCAACUUGCUAAUAUAUUACAACAUGCAAGGCAGAAAGAUAAUAAGGAAGCAAUUAGGAAGAUAUACAGUUGGCAAUAUGCUCAAUGCAUUGACAUUUGGGUCCUCUUCAUUUCGGCAAAUGUACAUGAAUGUGAUAUCCAGCCUUUGUUGUAUAUCACGAUACAACUUAUAAAUGGAGUAGCACACCUUUUUCCCGGGCCGAGAUAUCUGCCCUUGAGGAUAAGGUGCAUUCAUUGGUUAAACAAACUCUCGAGUUCUUGUGGAAUUUAUAUUCCUAUUGCUUCAUUAGUGUUGGAUAUGCUCGAUUUUAAAGUCAGCAAGGAGGGUGGUAAAUCUAGAAAAUCUGCUAAGUUAGCAUCAAAUUUAAAGCUCCCCAAAUUUUGGUUGAAAUCGCAAAACUUUAUGGAGCAAUGUGUUUAUUCAGCUGUCGAGCUGCUUGCUGUGCACUUUAUGCAGUGGAGCUAUCACAUUUCAUUUCCCGAGCUAGGAACUACUUCGCUCAUCAGACUAAGAAAGUUCCAUGAGAAAACAUCAGUUGAGAGUUUGCGGCGUGUGGUGAAGCGACUUAUGGACCAGGUAGAACAGAAUGUUGAGUUUGUGCAGAAGAAAAGGGAUGAGGUGGCCUUUUCACCAAAGGACCAUGAGUCUGUUGAUCAGUUUUUGCAGUUUGAAAAAGGCACUGUGAAUUCCCCAUUUAUGCAAUACUAUAGAAGUGUUGUAGAAAAGGCUGCUUCAAAGAUGUCCACAAGCAGCCCCGUGGAGCCAAAAGGAGUGAAGCGAAAGAAAAUUGAUACAGCAAACGGAGUUAUCACUCCGUUUGCUGCUAAUGGGAAUGCCGAUGCAAAAAGAGGGAAGCAGAAGAAAGCAGAUACAGCAAACGGAGAUGACAACACUCCGAUUGCUGCUAACGGGAAUGUCGAUUCUAAGGGGAAGAAAAGAAAGAGUUAGAAAAAGUAUGAUAUAUUUAUUAGAUCAAUUUUGCAAUUUUAUGUACCUUAUGUUUUUGAUGUAUUUUUUCUUCAUUAAGUUUAUUUUUUCUAACACUAUUAUAUU